AUGCUUCUCAGUAGCAUUUACAUUUUCCUUUUGUGCUUUACUAAUGGUUUAUUUUUCAAAGUUUCUUGUUUAACAUCUGAAUUCAGAUUGGAGGGAGAUUACUUAUUGGGUGGCCUUUUUGCUUUACAUGAAAUUGACCGUGUGACACCUGUUUUCACCCCGGAGAUCACUGAAUGUUUCUGGCACAGUACCUCAAAAUCUGGCUAUAAAAUAUUGCAAGUAAUGAGGUAUGCUGUUGAAGAGAUUAAUAAUUCCACAACACUUUUGCCCAAUGUUUCUCUGGGCUAUGAAAUCUUUGACCAUUGUUCUAACACAAGGAAUUUCCAUUCAGUCUUAAGUUUUAUCUCAAAGAACGGCUCAAUAAGACCUAAAGAAAAACUCAACAACUAUCAGCCUAAAGUGAUUGCUUUAACAGGACCAUAUGGAAGCUCAAGAACUAUAACCGUUGCACCACUGAUCACAAUGGACCUUAUACCAAUGGUGAAUUAUGGAGCUGCUAGCUACACAUUAAGCAAUAAACUUCAGUAUCCUUCUUUUGUAAGAACAAUUCCUAGCAACAAAGACCUGAUAGAGAUGAUUAUUCACAUCAUACGGUGGUUUGAAUGGAACUCGGUUGCCUUUCUUGGUAGCCAAGAUGAUUACAGUUCAGAUGGACUAAAGCUGUUUAAUAAGUAUAUAAACAAUACUGGCAUUUGUUUGGCCUAUCAAGAGGGUCUAAGUCUAAAUGCAAACUACAGUCUAACACUUAAAAAGAUUGAUAAGCUCAACAUCAAUGUCAUUGUAGUUUUUGCUUUGACACAAUAUGCAAGCAAAAUUAUCAAAGCAGCCAUAGCAAACAACAUCCAAGACAAAGUAUGGAUUGCAAGUCAUUCAUGGGCUAUGAAUCAACAGCUUCCAAGAGAGCCAGGAAUCAGGAAAAUUGGCACAGUUAUUGGCAUUGCAGAGAGACUGUUGUCAUUGCCUGGAUUUAAUGAAUUUGUCUACAAUAAAGCCAAAGGAACAGCUUAUGCGGGCCACAAUGACAAAGCUGUGAGUGAUGUCCAGAGUAAGAAUGAGACAUGUAAUCAAGAUUGUGAUUACUGCUCAUUGAUGACUGCAGAGGACAUUAUAAACGAGAGUCCCACACACUCCUUUGCCGUCUAUUCUGCCAUAUAUACCAUAGCUCAUGCAUUACAUAAGGUUCUUCAGUGUGACACGAAUGAAUGCCACAAAAACAUAACAGUUAAGCCAUACAUGCUUCUGGAAGAAAUAAAGUUGUUGAAUUUUUCACUCAAUGGCCGUCAAGUGAAAUACGAUGAUAAUUAUGAUCCAACCAUCCGUUAUGCAGUUGUGCUCUGGUGCACUGAUGUGAAUCCUCCACAGUUUAAGGUGGUGGGCAUGUAUGGUGGUUCUGUUCCUUUCUCAAACUGCUCUGUUGAGUGUAAGGCGGGAUAUUCAAGGCAACCUGAAGGUUUUCAUAGCUGCUGUUUUACAUGUAAAAAAUGUCCAUGUAACAGCUAUGUAGAUUUUUCUAGGGACCCCUAUACAUGUUUUCCAUGUGCAGAGAGUGAAUGGUCUGAUGAGGGCAGCACGACAUGUAAGACACGUUCUGUUGUCUAUCCUCAGUUCACAGAAAUCCCCUCCAUCAUUGUCAUGAUUUCAACUGCAUGCCUAAUUAUUCUCCUUUUUGCCGUAUUUUGCCUUUUUGCUUACAAUUAUGAUACACCAGUGGUAAAGUCUGCUGGUGGCAACAUGUGUUUCCUCAUGUUGACCAGUUUGAUUCUGUCUAGCAUAAGUGUGUUCUUUUUCUUUGGAAAACCCACAUCUGUAUUUUGCCUCCUGAGAAAUGCCAUAUUUACAUUUUUCUUUACUGUCUGUAUUUCCUGUUUGACUGUCCGUUCCUUUCAAAUUGUUUGUGUUUUUAAAAUGGCUGCUCAGUUCCCUAAAGUGCACAGCCUUUGGGUAAAACACAAUGGCCAGUGGCUCUUCAUUGCAUUUUCUUCUUUCAUUCAUUUAAUUUCUUGUGUGAUAUGGAUGACUAUCAAUCCUGUCAAGCUCAUUGCUGACUCAUGGACUUUUAAAGACCAGAUUAUGCUCAUUUGUGAAAUGGGGAACACUCUAACAUUAACCAUAGUCGUGUUCAUAAGUUGGUUUCUUGGUUUCCUGUGUCUCCUGUUUUCUUACAUGGGAAGAGAUUUGCCGAAAAAUUACAAUGAGGCCAAAUCAAUAACUUUUAGUCUCAUUUUGUACUAUCUGACCUGGAUUGCAUAUUUCACUGCAUACCUCACUAUCAAAAGCAAAUACAUUGUAAUUUUAAAUGCAGUUGCCCAGAUAUCCAGUAUAAAUGGAAUUCUCUUCAGUUAUUUCAUACCAAAAUCUUACAUCAUAAUAUUUCAACCACAGAAAAAUACAUCCACAUACUUUCAAACAUCUAUUCAGAAUUACACCCAAACCAUUAGUAGGUCUUAG